GCAGAUUGAAUCCGAUGUCGAGCGAGAUGAAGAUAGAACACGAACUCCUGCAGAAAUAAUAAAUGAUGUAUUGACUUGCAUUCAGAAUCGUGAAGAGGAAGCAGCAAUAAGAGUAGACAAAUUGGGGAGUCUGGUGCGAUUGAUAAAAAAUCACGAAAGGUUAAAAUACACAUAUCCGGCUGAGCCUUUUCUACGGGGACUAAGAUUUUGUGUGACAGACUCGGUCAAGGAAGUAAGAAUAGCGGGUUAUCGGGCCUUGCGUUAUUUGAUCGCUGACGUUACGACCUUGGAUCAAAUAAUAAGUUUGCAUUAUGAUAUGUUUUUUAUGAGGUCUUUAUCAAAGGAACCGCGUUCAUUCAACGAUGAAAGGGAACAAGUGAUCAAAAUAGUAAGAACUUUCUCUGAUGUUCCGGACGGGACGAAGCGUAUACCAAUUGGUGUAUUGAGAUGCAUUGUUUCCAUAGCGGAACAACUAGAUGAUAAACUGAGGAAUAUUUGCCUCGAGACUUUAGCAGAAAUAAUGAUCCGAGAGCCAAUACUUAUUACUCGUUGUGGCGGGAUGAGGAUAUUGUUGCAAGCCUUAAUGGACGGUCCCCUGGAGCUUUCGGAAUAUUUGAUGAUGGCUUUAUUAUAUGUGAUAGAUACUCCUGAUUCUAGAGAUUGCAUAAGACCCGGGGUUGAUUUAGAGAUUGUUCUUUCCGGUUUCACUGAUGCGUGCAACAAAGGUCAAAAGUUUGAACAACAAGUGAGGGCCAGCUCCAGAGCAAUAUCAGUACUAUUGAAAUCGUGGACAGGAAUUAUAUACUUAUGCGUAGAUAAUAAACAAGCCGUGAGAUCUAUCGUGGAAUCCUUCAGAAUUACAUCGGAUGAAAUACGGGAAAUUAUGCUUGAUAUGUUUUUCAACAUUUUCCGCAUCAAAGCGCCAGAUUGGUAUCCAAGUUUUUUAUCGGGAAAAAGGCUCACGGUUUAUGGACUAUUAUCGCCCGGAGAAAAAAAUAGUGAACACAAACCCGAUUCGCUAAAAGUCCAAGACAGGCUUAAUUUGUUAGAUCACCAUUUGGUAAUCUUGUUAGAGAUAUUCAUAGAUGCAGGACUUCUUGAUGCGCUAGUUGAAAUUAUUGAAGAUAAAAACCAGCAUGUUGCGCGCAGAGCAACACUAUUUAUCGGGGAAAUACUUCAACUGUCCAAUCGACUACUAUCUGUAAAUCGAUCAAUAAAAAUACAGGCAGCCACCAAGUUUGAUAAUGAAAUUGUACGUCACAGCGCAACAGCAGCAUUAUCGCAUAUUGAUAAUUUAAAUCGAACUCGAAGUCGUCUGCAAGUAAACGCGAUAGAUACCGAUGAUUCAACGUCUUCACCAAAUCAACGAAGACGAAACGCACGUCAGGUUCUAAACACUAAAGAUUUUCUUAAAUGGAAUUGGGAAACACUGCUGGAAUUAUUGCAAGGCCCACUACUCAACCCGAGGCGACUCGAAGAAGCAAUCAGAUCCAAGUUUAUGAAGCGACUUCUUGGAUUUUUUAGACCGACCAGUCGGCGAUUUUCCGAAAUUGAAAAAACUUCUGAUAAUGAACGCUACAUACAAUUGGGGUGCACGCUCAUAACGACGUUGUUGGCUAAUGUUGAUGGUGUAAAGUAUUUGGAAAGCAAUAAAUUUCUAAGGCAGAUUGCGGACGGUUUGAAUCAGCUUGAUCCUAUUCACGGAACUUUUGAGACAGAACCAUUGUUUUCCAAGGAAAGAAUAAAUAAUACGUUGACAUCCGGAUAUUUUACCAUGAUAGGUGUUCUCAGCAAAUUCAAGGACGGAAUCAAAUUAUUAGAGAAAUUCAAAAUUUUCAACACAUUUUACCAUCUAAGUGAAUUGCGAAGCCGAGAGGAUCUGAUAAAGGCCAUAAUAACGAAUCUUGAUUACGGCUUAGAUGCACAUCCUCGUAUCCUUCUUUCAAAAGUGAUGACUUCAGGAUAUAAGCGUGUUCGACUUUAUGCCACAAAACACCUCGGACUAAUCCUGCGUACGUCGUCUAAUAAAUUUAAUGAGUGGGGAAUCCAAUUACUCAUAACUCAGUUAUAUGAUCCUGCAAUGGAAGUGUGCCAAGUGGCGGUGCGUGUUCUGGAAGAAACAUGUAACCACAAAGAAAACAUUGAGUUGCUUGUCAAACUACGACCUAGUUUAGAUAAUCUAGGAGAAGUGGGCAAUCCCUUACUGUUGAGAUUCUUAUCCACUUCCAUUGGAUUCAAAUAUCUUUCCGAAUCUGAUUAUGUCGAAAAAGAAAUGGACGAAUGGUUUCAGUCUCGUAAUCAGUACUAUGUGACCCAGCUGGAGGUCUCCUUAGCAAAUGCAUUGAAGCUUGAUGGCGAUGAAGUACGUGGAGAUGAUGAUGACAAGGAAGUUAAAAUGCACAAUUUUGAUGGGAUGUCUCCGGCACACUUUUACGGUGAACUUACUAAAACAGAAGAGGGAUGCCAAUUGUUAAGAGAGAAAGGUCAUUUUUCCGAGUUUGCAAAUUUCAUAAGAGAACAUGGAAUGGAAAGACGCGACGCUGUUAUAAUUUCAAAACUAAAAUCGAUCCUCUGGGCUGUAGGAAAUAUUGGAGCAUCUAAAAGUGGGCUGCAAUUUUUGGAAGAGGAAGAUAUUGUAAAAGACAUAGUUUCCAUUUCUGAAAAUUCCACUGUCCUUUCAUUAAAAGGAACUUGCUUUUUUGUACUGGGUUUAAUUGCAAAAACUGCAUCUGGUGUCAAAAUCUUAGAAGACUUAAAGUGGGAGUGUGUAUAUGAUCCAUAUACAGAAAUAGGAACUGGCUUAUGUUGCCCUAUGAAUUCUGAUGCAUUUCUCUCAUUUCCAAAAUGGACUUACAAAGGAUUUGAAUAUACACCUGAUCUGCCUGUAAAGUCUAUAGUUCCAAGUUCACAGGCUGAAAGGGACCUGUUAAAAGCAAUGGCAAAUUUAACCAAUAGGAUAUUGUCAAGUGCUGGCUCAAAAAGUUUAUCCAAGAUAAAAUCUCAAUAUCCAGAAAUAUUCUCAAAAAUAGAUUCCUAUUACAAGGUGGCUCAGAUGUUGUCAUCAUACCAUUAUAGACUGCCUACUCGGCGUUUUGCAAGUGACUUAUUUGAUGUGGAUUUCACGGCAGAUGCAUUCGAUCAACUCGAUAAACUUGUAGAUGCACAAACCCGUACCGUUGAUGCUAACGGAACUUCAGAUGACACAGCAGAUGAAGAAGAGGACAAUCAAAUCCAUCAACAAAAAAUGGAAAAUUUUGCAAGGGUCCAUCGCGGUAGCGAUGGUGUUGUGGCCAUAAUUUCUGAAGAUAGGGCAGAUUCGACGACGGAGAUUGUACCAAAGCAAGACUUACAACCUCUUAAGGUUAUAAAAGGUUUCGAGACGUGA